AUGCUGGACUCCGCCACCCGCUCCCUUGCCAGGGCUGAGGCCUUACCUCAGUUUGAGCCGGAGACGGAGCAAACCGAGCAAAGGGCACAUUCUGUACCGAUUCUGGGCGUCUCUCGCUGGAAGCUGGGGCUUGGCUCGGCCUUGGCCUUGAUUGGACUCUUUGGAUGCGGCUGGGCGCUUGCCACGGCCUCCUUGCACGGGUUCUCCCCAUCCCCGGGGCCGCCGCAGGCCACCGAAUCGACAGGGUCGGCCAUUGAUCUCGGCGAGAUGCGGGUGGCCGGAGAAGUGGUCUUUGGAGGUUUCGCAGGUUUCGGCAAGCUGGGCCAUUGCCACAAGGUUCCAACGGAAGUGCUGAAGAUGAAUCCCUCGUUCACUGUACGAGGCACCAAAACCAAGAUGACGAUCUACGCCAAGGAGAACUGUGAGCAGCAGCGUCAGGAAGUUAUCGGCUCCUGCGACCCUAGUGCUGCCUCGGACAUCAUGCGGGCAAUCAACGGUGUAGAUCAUGAAUGGCUUGAACAGGCCCAGAGCUUCUCGAUCGAGUAUUGCUGA